CGUUUCCAUUUUGUAGUGUAUUUGUCAUUAUCAUUCAAAUGCCAUAUUUUAAGAGCAGAAUUUUCUAUAUAAACGAGUCUCAAUUACAUCAAUUGGAUAUCUCAAUUGAAUACUUUAUUGAUCAAGAAAAAUAUUAUUACGUAAUACUAUUCCAUAUAAGUGCAGCUUUAUUUAUAGCAAUUACCGUAUUAACAGCAACAGGAGCAAUGAUUAUGGCAUAUCUUCAACAUGUCUGCGGAAUGUUCAAAAUUGCUAGUUAUCGUAUCAAGAACACGAUAGAGAAGUGUAUACAAAAUAUUAAUAUGAAAAAUAAGAAGUUGGCUUACAAGGGUCUUAUUCAUGGUGUAAAUAUUCAUCGAAAAGCAAUAAUUUUUUGCAGAUUUUAUCCUUUAAUUAUAAGACAGUGGAACUUCCAAUAG